UGACGGAUGGCACCGCCGAUGCCUUUAGCUUCUGUUGCGCGUGCAGAGCGCGAGCGCUGUCCGGCGUUCUGAAUCCCUCCGCGCGACACCGAAGGAAUUUUCCCCGUGCUGUUGUGAGUGUGUGUGUGAGUGUGUGUGAGUGUGUGUGUGAGUGUGUGUGUGUGUGUGCACGCUCAUGUCCGUGACUCGAGGUUCACCAUGACUCGGGACAGGCUGAGAUGUGGAGCUGUUCGCGGGCUGCUGGCGUGGGAGAUGGCGCUUCUGCUGAGUCUGGUGGCCACAAAGGAUCCUGAUAGUCCUCGGGGGAGAGCGGUACCCAUGUCUCCCUCCGACUUCCUGGAUAAACUCAUGGGAAGAACCUCCGGCUACGACGCCAGAAUUAGACCGAACUUUAAAGGUCCUCCUGUGAACGUGUCGUGUAACAUCUUCAUCAACAGUUUUGGCUCCAUUGCUGAAACAACUAUGGAUUACAGAGUGAACAUCUUCCUGCGGCAGCAGUGGAACGACCCCCGGCUGGCGUACAGCGAGUACCCCGAUGAUUCCCUCGACCUCGACCCCUCCAUGCUGGACUCCAUCUGGAAGCCGGAUCUGUUCUUCGCCAACGAGAAGGGCGCGCACUUCCAUGAGGUCACCACCGACAACAAGCUGCUGAGGAUAUUCAAGAAUGGGAACGUCCUGUACUCCAUCAGACUCACUCUGACGCUCUCGUGUCCGAUGGAUCUGAAGAACUUCCCCAUGGACGUGCAGACAUGUAUAAUGCAGCUGGAGAGCUUUGGAUACACCAUGAACGAUCUGAUCUUCGAGUGGCAGGAACACGGACCAGUACAGGUGGCUGAAGGUCUGACGCUCCCCCAGUUCAUCCUGAAGGACGAGUCCGAUCUCAGAUACUGCACCAAGCAUUACAACACAGGAAAGUUCACGUGUAUCGAGGUGCGUUUUCACCUGGAGAGACAGAUGGGUUACUACCUAAUCCAGAUGUACAUCCCCAGUCUGCUCAUCGUCAUCCUCUCCUGGGUCUCCUUCUGGAUCAACAUGGACGCCGCCCCCGCCCGCGUGGCGCUGGGCAUCACCACUGUGCUCACCAUGACCACGCAGAGCUCGGGCUCCAGGACCUCGCUGCCCAAGGUCUCCUAUGUGAAGGCUAUAGAUAUCUGGAUGGCGGUGUGUUUGCUCUUCGUGUUUUCGGCUCUGUUGGAGUACGCCGCUGUGAACUUUGUGUCGAGGCAGCACAAGGAGCUGCUCAGGUUCCGCCGCCGCUCAAAGAAGGGCAGGAAGGAGGAGGUGCGUGAGGGUCGUCUCACCUACACGCCCAACACAGGAAAACCCCCGCCGACACACCAAUCUGCAAACAACAUGGGUGCCAACCCUCCACAGCAGGGCCAGGCGGGCACCAGCGCGGCAGCCAAGAGUCCCGAGGAGAUGAGGAAGCUGUUUAUCGACCGCGCCAAAAAGAUCGACACCAUCUCGCGGGCCGGCUUCCCUCUGGCCUUCCUCUUCUUUAACAUCUUCUACUGGAUUCUGUACAAGAUCCUCCGGCACGACGUCCACAACCCCUAGAGACGGGCGUGGUCGAGCGGGAGACGUUUCGGCCAGGGGGACGGCUGCGUACGUGACCGACGGGGUUACGGAGUAGAAACCAGUAGAAACUGUACAAAACAAACCGUUACGAUGGCAUGAACCGAAAGGGCACGACCACUGCCAGGUCCCACACACACACACACACUUAUGAUGCCACAUGAUGCCACACACUAUGCAACCAAAUGACUUCCAGAAAUGAUGCCACAGACUGUCGUUUAAUCCCUGAAUAUCUGCCCCUCUGCCCUCUUUUAAUUAAAGUAAACACUAUAUGGACAAAAGUAUUGGGACACCGCUUCUAAUUUGAAUUCGUGUGUUUUAGCCACAACAGUUGCAAACAGGUGUGAUAAAUCAUUGAUAUAAAAAAAGAUAUGCUUCCAACUUAUAUAAAUCAAAUGCAGCAACAAUUUAGGGAAGGCCCUUUUCUUUUCCAGCAUGCCCGUGCCCCCGUGCUUGAUAAAAAAAACAGUUUAAAGAAACUCCAGCGUCCUGCACGGAGCCCUGACCUCAACUCAACUCCCCACUCAACAGCUCUGGAAUGAACUGGAACACCAACAUCUGUGCCCAGCCAUUCAAAUGCUGUCAACUUUUGGCCUAAUGGGCACAAAUUCCUUCAGACACACUUCAAAGUCUUGUGAGAAGCCUUCUCAGUUCACACUACACUACACGGCUUUCAAGUGGUCAGGUCGCUGUACAGUUCACACCACACGACUGGAUCUCUUGUAAUCGGGAGUCUUUUCAGAUCGGUGUGGCUUUCACACUACACCAUCUAUCACCAACUGGAAUCCCAGAUGACUCUGUCUGGUCUCCCAAACUACGUUUUGUCACAAAAACGCACGCAAGAAGUGACGAGGGGUUUAACGAUACCACGUCCAAAAAUGCACGUCAACAUGAAGCGAGCGAUCAAAGCUGCGUAAAAGCAAGUAGGAAAAAAUAAAUGAAUCUGAGUGGAUUUGGCAACGUGACCAGCAGGGAUCGUCUGUUCUGUAGUGAAUUGGAGGUUAAUAAAUAUAUUUUGCAAUGCAGCGUGGGUAUUAUGGUUCGUCGAGAACGCUAAGGUCAGAAAUACUGUAAAACGUGUGUGCUGAUGUAUUCUGAUAUAAAUUAUAUUAUGCCCCCGUCCCAUGUUUUUACACUCCUCCCCCGGGUUUCCCCUCGCCCCGUAUAUUGCGUUCUCAUUGGCUGUAGUUCAACAUAACAACUGAUCCAGAUAUUUAACAUGCUAGAUAUUUUUCUUCAGUCUGCGAGCGUUCGGCGAGCCGCUCGGAUCGAGUCGUUGAACGGUUCACACAUCGCGAUCUAGAUUGAGAGCCGAUCUAGCAGCGACCAGUCGGCGAGCGAAAAUCAGAAGAAAAAUCGUGUAGUGUGAACUAGGCAUGAGCGGCUGUUGUUCUAGCUGAACAGAUGACGCAGAGGUCACUACUUGCAUUUUUCCUCCCGAUUUAGUGCAUCCAAUUUGUCUUCCGCUGCUGACAGACACCAGAUUUGCAUCCAAGGAGAGCAUGUCGCUGCCACGCCUUCUUUACACGUGUACAGCCCUCCUCUUCUCGUCCGGGCAUCUCUUCUGCCAAUCAGGGUCCUUACACAGCGUAUGAAGACCCACCCACCCACAUAUAGUCCGGUCCCCACUCUGCAGCUCCGGUGGCCAAUUAGUAUCUGCUGCAGGCACUGCCAAUUAUGCCCGCUAGAUGGCGCCCAGCUGACCGGUGGCAACACCGAUCAUCAAACCCGGGAGGUCAGAAACUCAGAAUAUCCCACUGCGCCACCUGGGUGCCGAGGUCACUACUCAUGCUCAUGGUCAGGUGUCCAAAUACUUUUGGCUGUGUAGUGUGAAACCUCUGGUCCUCUGGGUAGCAGAUGCCCUCUGAAAAAAAUAUUACCUGUUCUUUUUAUUCUCGGAUCUUCAUUUGAUGCCAAACUUUGGUCCCGUGGCACCUAACGUCACUUCACUCUACUGUCACUGGCUUUGUGAUGGUUGGCUGCACAGAUGGGUCGUCUUAUCCUCGGUCUUCCUCGUCCUUCCACAGAUCCUGUCCUGAGAAAGUGGCGUGGAGUUAAUAUUCAGUCCUCGUACUGGUGUGCUUUGAUGGUCUUGAGACCUGUUUUCUACUGGAAAUUGUACUUUUGGACACUUGAAGCAGCUUCUUCAGAGUUGUGGAACUGGUACCAUAGAGAAAACGUACAGAAACAUCAGUGCUGCACCUUUGGCUUGUGAAAAAUGAAUUAUUGAGGUUCAUUUCACUUCAUCUUGGAAGGAAAAGCUAGAAAUGAUUGUAAAUAAUCAUGAGUGGAAACCAAGAGCGUCGGUUCCUGAUGCACCACGAGCCUGGAUCGUCUCCGGACUCCAAGUAUUACCGUGAUAUUUUAACCCAGUAAUCAGGACCAGCUCUCCAUCCCGCUUUAAUUAUCCCUUUAACAAAAGAAUCGCUGUUCACUAAACGCUGCCUCGCAGCAAACACUGCCCGCAUUCCUGGCACGGGUUCGAGAACAUCAGUAGAACCACAUGAUGGUGAUAUUUGGUACCACGUCGUUUCAGAGGGACGUUCUGUACACGGGUCUUUAAUCAUACGUACGUAAACGAUGUGAAUAGAGAUUUAAAACAGGCCUAAGUUACUGAGUCAUGUACACGAUACAGCCAAAAGUAUCCGGACAUCUAUUACUAACAGGUGUACAACAUUAACUAUCAAAAUAAAUGCCAUCUUGACCGUACUCCAUAAAUAGACUACAUGGGGGUUGUAGGUUGCCACUGCCAGGUUGCCACUGUUGGGCCCCUGAGCAAGGCCCUUAACCCUCAAUUUCAUAGAUUAGAUGAGACGCUACAUGCCGAAAAUGUAAAUAUAGCCAAAAGUAUGUGGACACCCCUGCUCAUGAAUGAAUUUAGUCGUUUCUGCUACAUCCAUUGCAAACACUUGAUUACAAAUGAUACAGUAGAAGGUUAUUCAUAAGCUUUUAGCAUUGUGGCAACAGUUUAGGGAAGGGCCCUUUCUUUUCCAGCAUGAUUACGUCCCUGAGAAUAAACCGAGUUCUAUAGAGCGCUGGACUCAACCCAACUCAACACUGUCUCUUCCAACAUCAGUGCUUGACCGCACUGACUCCUGACUGACUGGGCACAAAUUCCAACACAUUCCAGUCAGUAGAAGGUAAAUUAAAUGCUUUUAACAUUGUAGCAACAGUUUAGGGAAGUCCCCUUUUUUCUUCAACAUAAUUACACCCCUGAGAACAAAGCGAGUUCUAUAAAGACGCAGUUUGACUAGGUCCAGAGCAACAUCAGUGCCUGACCGCACUGACUUCUGACUGACCGGGCACAAAUUCCAGCAGACACAAUCCAGUCAGUAGAAGGUAAAUUAGAAGCUUUUAGCAUUGUGGGAAGAGUUUAGGGAAGUCCCCUUUCUCGUUCAGCAUGAUUGCGUACCCUAGAACAAAGCAAGUUCUAUAAAGACGCGGUUUGACUAGGUCCAGAUUAACAUCAGUGCCUGACCGCACUGACUCCUGACUGACCGGGCACAAAUUCCAACACAUUCCAGUCAGUAGAAGGUAAAUUAUAUGCUUUUAACAUUGUGGCAACAGUUUAGGGAAGUCCCCUUUCUCUUUCAGCAUGAUUAAACCUUUUAUAAAGACACGGUGUGACCACACCGGCGAACACUCAACCCAACUCAACACCUUUUCUCUUCGCUUCCAACAUCAGUGACUGCCCGGGCACAAAUUCCAACAUACACACUCCAGUCUUGUAGAAAUGCGUCUCAGAAGAGUGGAUGAUUUUAAAGCUACAAAGAAAAUAAGCAAUAUAAUAUUAAUGUGAACAGGAUGUUGAACAAGCUCAAGGGCCGGUGUCCCAAUACUUUUGUCCUUGUGGUGUAUAUUUCCAGUGACCCGCACAGAGCCCUGACCUCUACCCCCACGCUCUUUUAUCCACAACAGUGCCUGACCUCACAAAUCCCCUUUCAACUGAACUGGCACACAGUUUCCACAGUGUGAAGUCUUCUUGGAUGAUCGAAGGUUGUAAUAUUGGCAAGAUGGGGCUCUGGGGCAGCUCCGUAUUAGGGGCAGUGGUUUUGGAAUGGGUCAGGUGUCCACAGACUUUUGACCGUAUAGUGUAAAUUAUUCAGUAAAGGUUUCUAAUGACAUUAAUGCACUCAGACUUAAAUAACGAUGAGACUUUUUCAGUUUGCAUGUACUGACCUACCACUGCUGAGUUUAAACCAUCACUGCCAGGCUGUUGGGCCCUUGAGCAAGGCCCUUAACCCUCAAUAACUUAGACAGUAUACUGUCACAGUAUUGUAAGUUGCUUUGAGAUCUGGGUUCGAGUCACAGCAGUGCUAUCAGCUGGUCGGGCAUCUAUGCAGAUAUGAUUGGCUAUGCCUGUAAGUUGUGGCGAGUCCAGUUACACCAGGUAAAAUUGGGUGCAGGGCAGAAAUACUUUGGGCAUACCACCAGAUAUGCAUGUUUGUGCAGACGCCUGCCCGGUGGAUAGCACUGCUGAGAUUUGAACCCGUAUCUCAGCAGUGGUGGGUUAGAGUAAUAGCCUGCUGUGCCACCCAAGCGCCAUAUGACCGAUAAUAUAGCGAAAAUGAAUCAAUAAUACACUUUCUGUUUUUAAUAAAAGGUUUUAAGGUUCCAUCUGUACUUCAACAUUCCUCAGAAUAGAACAUCUGACGGUGAUGGGUUUUAAUCCCACACGCCCCCAUGCUGCAGCGGACACGAGGCGUGGAUGUAUAUUUAUAUUAGAGAUAUAGAGUAUGAUCAUUUACUUUGUACAGAGAUUAAUGAAGCAUUAUGAAGCCUGUGCAUGACUGAUUUGAUGUUUAUUGUUUUUCCAGCGUGAACUGGAACUACUGGAGCUGCUGGUUUAGGUUUGAUGGUUUCUGCUGCUGUGAGAUAAAACAAACUCAGAUUUAAUCAUCUUUCGAAUAACUCACAAUUCUAAUAAAGUUCAAGUGAAACAAA